CCUAAUUUGCGAGCCCUGUAUCAUCAGAGGCUUAAAAAUGGCUUCUAAUUUCCUUCCAAGCGUGGAACCAGACACAGGCAAUUGCAAGCUGCAUAACGUGUAUGACAUACAGAGCUGUGUUCUGGCUGGAAUCAGCGUUUUGUUGGGAACAGCUGUCUGUUUUUACGGUGAGAAACUUACUGUUUAUAGAUGAGGAGACUUGGAAUCUUCUUUUUUUCGUAUUUAGUGUAAUUUCGACCGAAAACUGAACUCAGCUAUCGUUUAUAUAUAACAACUACCUGUACGAUACCCUCAGAUAACUUAUUAUGUGCUUAAUUACGCCAUGGAAAAUUAAUUGGAAACCACAUGGCUAUAAAAUAAAAACUCAGUUAUGCUACAGAAAUUUGAGUCUUACAAUCUUUUUUACGGUUUCGUGCCUUAGUAACUCGAAUAAUUGUUUCAAUUUUAUCGCUUUGGUGUCUCUGCGCGCACACAAAUAUGGCGGCCAUAAACAAAUUGCUGACCGUUAGUGGGGGCUCAAAGGAUCUUACGUGCUGAGAGUAAAACUUUGGUAAAGGUGUGGGCGGUUAGUAAAGGAAACCUGGUGAGAAGGAAAUGGUCUCUUCAUCUUCGCAACGGACUUUCUUCUUACCCAAAUUCCUCCCCUCUCCUCCCCCCACACACACACAUAGGUCCUCACAGCAAGACGAAAAAACCAACAGAGUUACAUAUUCGCAAGGUUGAGAGAAUGCUUAUGCAACAGUCUUAAGUAAGCAUAUGUACCAGUUCCAUGUAAACUUGCAAUACUUUUUGACAUGGCCCUCUUUCUAUGGAAAGUGUCGAGUUGCUUUAUCCAUUCAGUGGUUUUAUUCAGAGAUAAUUUUAAAGAGCACUUUGUAGAUACAGUAUCAAUUUUUUGUUAUCCAGCAAAAAGAUACUGAUAAUAUAUGGAUAUUGCUCUGGUACUAUAUGAUUAAAAAUUGUAAACUAAUUUACAAGGAAAUAUAGCUCAAGUAACUGUAUAUUGAAUGAUUUCUAUUAAUUCAAAUCUUGGAAGGUAAUAGGUAAGUAUUACUCAAAUCUUGCUUUAAGCUUGUAACAAGUCAGCAAACUAUAAUAGAGGGGGUUCUUUUAAUAUGCACAAGCAAAUCCAAUUAUUCACAUUUUUCAUAGGAUAUCGUUUAUUCAAACUUGUUCUGUUCCUUGUUGGAUUUCUGGUGGUAUUUUGCUUCACUUAUGUGUUGUGUCAAGAAUAUCUCACUGAGAAGCUGUCUGGAAGAUCUUUUGAGUAUAGACAUCAGGUAUGUUGAUAAAUUUAUCAUGACUAGUCUUUUCAUACUAAUCCCACUCAAGCAGAUCAUUAUGCAGUGAUUUUUUAAUUUGUUAUCCCAGUUAUCCUCUUUGAGACCCUGAUAUUCAGCCAAACUCUUCAGUUAUCUCAGUCUUUUAAAGAUGCUGUUGGUCAUUCCAUGAAUGCAUUUCCUGCUCUCUUUCUGUGCUUCAGUUCUGUUUUAGUGUGUGUUUUUGUGUUGUAGUUUUUUUAUUUUUUUUCCUGAGAGUUCUUAGUGUUGAGAAGCUAGUGUAUCUUAGCCAGCCACUGUGUUUCAGGUCUCAAACUUGUGUAGCUGUUGGUUUUGUUUGGGCUUUAUAGUAAUGAUUGGGAGAAGUGUAAAAGAUAGAAAGAUUGAUGAACAGCCACAAGCCUAGCUUUCUAUAAACCAGGCUGAUUAUUAGAAUAAGGGUUUAGAGGAUAGAAUUAAAACUGUCUUUGUAUGUUGUUGAAGGUUUGGGAUGAAAAAAUGUAGGGAGGUAAAAAGGACCUAAAUUGGAAAAAAUCAGCCAAGAGGAAAGAAACUGAUAUUAUCAGUAGGAAAAAUGAAAAGGCACAAGGAUUGUCCUACAUAACAUUUUUCAAAAUUAUUGAAAGAGUUUAUAAUAAUAUUGUAUUUGAAAAAGUAAAGGCAUUUUGCAGAUUUUGAUCUAUGGGAAUUGUUAUUUCCUUUGUACUGGUAUUUUAAUUUUGAAUUUCAAAGAUGCUUGAGUGUUAAUAUACUUAUAGAAGCUCACUCAUUGGUAACAGUUUACUUGGGUUUACCAAUUGGUAAGUUUAAAAUCUGAUCAUCUCAUUCUUGUUGCAGAUAUUCCUUGGUAUCUCUGCUGCAGUUGGUCUUAUUGCUGGAUUGCUGACAGUUUGUAUUUUCUAUGUUGGAUUAUUUGCUCUUGGUACGUGAUUGACCUUUUGUUUAAAACAUCUUAUUACGAUCUUGUUUUUGAUGUUUAUAAAUUUGUUUAAAUAUAUUCUGCUCUCAUAUGUUCAGGUGCGACCAUGGGAUGGUUUGUAGGCCUGGCAUUUCUCCCUCUUCUCUACAAGCAUUCAGAAUACCUGUCUGAACACAACUGGCUGCCUUACAUCAUUCUCUGUGCAUUUGCCAUAGCAGGAGGAAUUCUUAUUCUCUGUAUACAGAAGGUAACCUUUGUUCUGAGAUAUUAAGCUAGCUAAGUAUUUCCAAAUUCUCCAGGUUAUGUUUCAUUUUAGACAGUAGCUGUAGCAGAGGUAAUUAAAGUAACUGUGGGAUCCCAUGUAAACUUAAUUUGGCAUCGCAAUGGUCUGUUAUAUGUAAAAUCACCACUGCACUAAGGUUUGAAGAUCACCCUGUAUUGUAUGUGCCUCACUCCACCCAGGAGCAUACAUAGAUAGCAGGAAACUGACAGGGGAGCCUGAUGAAAUGUUAAGGAAGGGGUAGUUACCCUGCAAUGAAGCAGCAUCCCAUCUAGAGGUAGUAAUAAUACUCCUGGUCACUCCAUGCAACAGAAACCAGGAUAAGGUCGGGUCUGACAAGCCCUUUAGCUCAACUGCUGACUCCACCUUUCAUGUGCUAUUCUUGAUGGAUAUGGGACACCCUGUUGACCAAGUUGGUCCCUGAAUUUGCAUUUUAAAUAACAUUUUUCCUUCCAUGAAGAAACAUGUUAGAUUUUUUGUAUUAUAGCACCAUGAAUGAGAUAUUGACCAAUCAAUUAUGAUUAUUAUUGUGGUUUUAAGGUAAUAAUUGUCAUCUCUACAUCCUUCUCUGGAGCCUUUUGGUGUGUCAAUGGUAUUGAUUACUAUGUGGAAAAUGGCAGAGUGCUGUACUACUCAAUCAGUGUUUUGCAUGGUAAGUGAAGAGUUAAUAUGAGUAUAAAUUACAAGAGGUUUUUUUUUUCAUGCACCUCCUCCAAGUUCCUGGUCAUAUUGCAUAGUACACAGCACAUUAAUUUCUGAUAGAAGUAGAAGAUGAAAAAGUGGUCCUUUCCUAGUAUUGCCUGCCAUACAGGAAUUUGUAAGAAUUAACUUUAAGGGAAUAAAGCCCAAAUAACAGAUGUAUUUACUGGCUAUUUUACAAGGAUGUCUCCAUGAAUUGAACUCUUUGACUAUACCAUAUAAGAAUCAUUUUCCAGGUCAAGAUCAUUUUCAAGAAAUUUCAUCCAUGAAAGGCUUUCAAGAAGCCUUUUCAUUAAAUUUUCUUCUAUCAUAACAGAGUGUAGGAUGUGCAUCUUGGGCAGAGAAGGAGAAAAAAUUAUAUUUGCAGAAAUGUGUAAAUACAGAGAAUUUCUCCUUGUGUUCAUGGUACUGAUAAUCAACUUUUCCAGUGUUCUGUUGUUUCAUGUCAUGCUGAGGUUGUCCUUUAUUUUGUAGGUCAUUACACAAAGUCUGCCUUGCCUCACUGCUGGUAUACCUGGGUGGUGUUAGGUCUUAUCCCAGUCAUGUUCAUUGCUGGGCUGGUGGUGCAAUUUUGUAAGACUGCAAAGAACAGUGAUCAUAGAGAAGGUAAGAAUGGCUGAAUAAUAAAGCUUCUGUGGAUAAACAUGCUUUUAGCAUUAUUAGAAGAAGAUGAAGAAGAAGAAGAACAGCAAUGAUUUAUCUAAUUUUUGUUAUCAUCAUUAAAAAAUGUAGUACAAUUUACAGUAUUGUGUCGUGGAGGGUGUCAGUACCUAUUUUGUAUUAUAUGAAAAAAUUAGUAAUAUGGGUUGGUUCAAUAAUUGAGGUUUAGUUAUUCUUAUAAUCACUGUGUUUCAGGCUGCAUGUAGCAGAUUGAGAAGUGUAAUGUAUUUUUUUUAUUGUGGAUUGUGUCUAUUUUAAGUGUGAAUGUUGUGUUGUAAGUAAGAACUUUUUGCUUUUGUGGAUAUCUCUUGGUUUUAUGAAGCAAAACAUUAAAUGAGGUCAUGGCUAAACAGCUUGGUAAUUAGCCAGUUGUUCAGAAAACAGAUGAUGUUAUCUAAUGGAGAAAUGGCUUUCCAGUGGAUAAGAGUUAACAAAACGUUCUUAGCUAUCCACCAUUUAGAGAUUUAUCAGGUAAUGAUAAGGUAAUUCACCCUUUGGACAGUAGGGGCCUGAUGGAUAAACAAAUUGCUAGCCAGUGAAAAGGAUAAAACCCUGGUUGUUCUCUGACUUCUUGAACUUUCUAUUACUGCUAGUGUUUAGACUUAUUGUUGUUGUUGUUUUUUUAACUGCAAUAAAGCUUCUCACUUGAAAUACUACUAUAACCAAUUUUAUUUAUGAUUACCCCUUAAAUCCUUUGCUGAUUUUGCUAUUGUAUUAAACAGCUUAUGGCAGGAGUUCAAGGAAUCUUUACACAGCAACUCCCAUGCAGGAUUUCUCGGACCAGGUAUAUUUUAUUCCACUGUAAAUGGCUUGAGCCUGUGAGUUGCUUUUGAUCGCGAAUUGUCUGGUGAGGGUAGUUAAUCUAAACAUUGUUGCCAAUGACAGGAACUGAUGAUUUCAAAACUGGAGCAGUCUUUAUCAUAGGUUUAUGCUAUGAUGAAUUUUGUCACAUUGUCACUUCUAAAAGUAAUUUCCAAGACCACACUUGCUUGAACAAUCAUAUAACCAGGUACUACUUUGUUGUCCACAGAGGAAGCCAAGUCUGAUAUAUCCUGAGUUUUUGAAACCUUGGGUUCAUAGCAUUGACAAAUGCACAUCACAUGAUUUUAUCCAUAUGUGCUUAUUUUAAAUCUGUGUAAAGAAAGUUGUAAUUAUUUAUCAUUCAAUUGUCUUAUUGACACUUGUCUUGUAUCUGUAGUACCUUUCAAGGGGACAGUGCUAUUCAAGAUAUUCUCUCAGCUGGACCUUGCUACAGCAACUUCAGUUGAACAUAACUUGCCACCCCCAGACUAAUUAUAUUUUGAUUGAUUUGGUUUUAAGUUUUUAUGAGGGUUGCAUCUGAUAAUUUAUUGGGCAAUUCUUGAUUGACAUUCUGCAUCUUUCUUUUCACCAGCGGCCCAUUAUGACAGACUAUGAUUAAACAGUACUCAAGAGUCAAAGGACUGCAAGAAUUCUUAGUUGUAGAAUCCUUUAUUUUCACUAUCAUGGUGAGAAUAUGUCAGGUGUCCCUCUUAUUGAUCUAGUACACCCUGAACAGGUCAUCAUGAUAAUUCAAGUGUUUCUAUCCUUAUAAGAGUGCUCUGCACAGGGAGUUGUAUUGUUUUUAAGUGAACAUUUGACUACCACUCUGUCAUGUUGUUUUAAAAUUAACUUUUAAGAGCUUUUUCUCAGGAGCAACUAAGAUGCCAUGUUUUAUGAUAGCAUUGCAUUUUCAAGGAAAAUUUAGUAGUCUGAUUGUUCUGGGAAAAGAAUCUCUAUAAUUUUAAAAUUAUUAGUAGGUUGGUAGCAACUUUUCUUUUGUCCACUUAAAACCUGCUUGUUGCAGAGAAUUGAAUUUUUGGACUCAAUUGUAAAAUAACCAUCUUGAUCAGAUCAUUGUGAACAACCCUCACCAGUUGUUAGAUGCUCCCAAAAAAUUUGGAGAUUUCUGUGCAUGUUUUUUUUUAAUUUCUGAAACACUAGAAGUGCACUUACAUCCAUGUUUUUUGUAUCAUAAAAAUCCUAACCAUAGGAAUGGGAUGAAAGAAAGGCUAACCUCCUAACACCUUCUAGGGAGAAGAGGAACAUGUGGAUUUCCUUUUCUGUCAUAGAACCAUGACAAUUUGAAAAAAACAAGAUGGUUUUAGGGUUUCUUGUCUUGUGGUUUAACGGAGGGUAAGUCAAUUCUGAAAUUAAUCUUGGUGAGAAAUAUUUCAGUGCCUUGAUUUUGGUCUUGAGGUAUAUGGAUGGUCCUCAGGGCCAGUGCCAGUGCCAGUGCCAGAUCUUGCAGUGGAUAAAUUUACCUUUUUUUGGUUUCUGGAAACUAAACCCUUUAACUUCUAAGAUCUGAUUUUUAAUUCUUCUCUCUAGCUUCUACACAUUUCCUUGUUAAAUAAUGAAGAGAAUUCAGUGUUAGGUGAAGUUAACAACUUUUACCUGAUAAGUUUGUGUAUUCUCAUUACCUGUUUGCUGGAUAAUAUACAGAUAUUUUUAUGGAGAAGUUACAUGUUAAUCACUUCUGGGAGUCAAAAGGUUAAUGUGAGGUUUGUCAGAAAUAGGUUUAAACGAAUACUUUCAUUUUCAAAUAUUUUGGUUUUAAAAUUUGUAGAGAACGAUUUAUUUGCAUUGUUAGUUUGUAAAUAGCGUUAUACUUAACAUUGUUGUUUACUAUUGUAGAAAAGAGAGAAAUUGUCAAAUAAAUUUGUAAAAACUGUUGUCAAAACACGCCAACCCACUUCUCUUUAUACUUUGGUAAGGUUCGUGUGAUUUAAAUUUCCUCAAUUAAUUACUCAUGGAGCAGUGAGAGUAAUAAUGACACUCAUUGGAGUCGGAAGAGGAGCAGCAGAAAUGUGUGCCUCAGGGCCAAACGUCUUUGUUUUACUCGAAUCCGUCGAGGUAUUAAAAAUUCAUUUAGUAGCAGACUAUUCUGUCUUUUCCUUUUUAACCCUUGAACCAGACACUGAUGACUGCAAGCUGUAUAAUUAUUAUGACGCGCAAAGCUGCAGUGUGGCUUCAAUCGGCAUUCUUUUAGGAUCGCUCAUUUGUUUCUUCGGUAAGUGACAUAGUAUUAGACAAGGGACAUUUUGGAACAAAUGUUAUGGCCAACAGUAUGAAACGAAAUGAAAACUUACCCACUGAAGUGUUCUAUCUGGUGGGUUGUGUCCUCGUGUACCGGUACACAAAGGAUCGAAACAUUAACGAACUGCGUCACAACUCCAUGUAUGGAUAUGAAAACAAUAAGAAUUCCCCCUUGUACUGGUACACCAGGACAGCCCCUAUCUGGUGUUACGCCGGUGGGAAAUUUGAUCCAUAGUUCGACCGCAAUGCAAACGUUGACAUCCAAACGAUACAAACUCUCCUAUCAUUGAUAGAAGAUGAACAUCAUGUUUCACGCGCACAUUCACGUGCUUCUGAGAGAUAUUGUCAGAGAGCUCCGUUCUGUGCUAGAAUUCCAAGGAAAUAUAGGUUCACCAUUGAGAAUCUGAGUACCAGCGAAUAUUGUCCCCAAGGGACAUAGACCCGAUCUCGGGACUUCCGUGACGUUGGUCUUCCCAAGAAGAGCAGUGCUACCUCCGGUCAUAUUCAUUUUACCGUACAUCCGAGCGCUUGCCCGAAUCCUUCAAGUUACAAAAUGCAUUUGGCAUCGGACUUUUUAGUCUCUUCCACUCCAACUCUGGAACCAGACGCUAAAGAUUGCGAGCUGCAUAAUUCUUACGACACUCAAAGCUGCAUUUUGGCUGCAAUAGCCAUUCUGCUGGGAUCACUCAUUUGCUUCUUUGGUAAGAGACAUUGGGUUACAUGGGAAACAUUGAAGAAUAAAAUUUCUAGGCCAUCCAGUUUGAGUUUAAACGAAAAGUUACCUAUAUUAGUGUUCUAAUUAACGGUACCGUUUGUUUAUAUUCCGAUGAGUUGCUCUGACACCCCUGUUUACCUGCUUUCGAAAUACAUCUUACCUACCAUAAGUGCAUGCAAAUUAUGAAUUUAUGAAGGUGAAAAACAGUUCAUUGCCUUGAAAACAAUAAAACUUUGACUAUUUCGAGAAUAGUCAGCAACAAUGUUAGGUAAAGUUUCCGUACAGCCCCAUACUAUUGUAAAACAAAUCUGUUUUCCCAAUGGAAAUGUAUUGUUUUUGUCAUUGUUUUCUCUAUUCAAGAACUGAAUGCAUAAUGUAGUAUGGGGCUGUGCGGAAAUUUUACCCAAUGUUACCAUAAACAAAUGUUGUCACACAAGCACAACAUUUAUUAUUCGAAUGAAUAAAUAUUAUAAAAUAAUUCAAAUAGUACGUGUGCUCUGAUUGGCCAUAAAACCAUUUUACAUGAGCGUAUGUAAACACAGUUUUUGUUCCUCUUCCAUUAGUUAUUUUAUAAAAGAAAUGUAAAAUGGUUUCCGUGUUUACAUAGCCUGAUGUAAACACUUGGGAGGUUGGGAGAACACUCAAUAAGCUGGAAACCACUCUGCUUUGUGUCAUGGUUUCCUACGUUUAUCUCGUGUUCUCCCAACCUCCUGCAUGUUUACAUCAGGCUAUGUAAACACGGAAACCAUUUUACAUUUCUUCAGUAGUAACUGAUUCAGUGAACACGAUAUUUUUAUGUGCACAUCGAAAUAGGUCUGCAAGGUAUACAUGAGCUGAACUAGACCAUUUUGAGUUCAAGUAAAUUUUAGAUAAAGAAAGAAGCAGUUUAAAAGAUAGUUGUAAAUUGUUGUAUUGCUGAUAUCUUGUAUUGAGUACUUCAAGAUAGUGAUUAACAUUCAGUAUAAAGGUGGGGGAAAAUAAAACAGAUAACAUAUGCUCAAAUGAUAGAAACUGAUAGGAAAAAAAUUUUAUUCAUAAUUUCAGUAAAAAAAUUUGUUGGGGUCAUUACUAUUGUUAAUGACAUACCUUAUUUCUAGAUAUACAAAUGUGCGUUUGCAAUAAAAUCUAUGUAAUAUUUAUUGUAUUAAAUUCAUUUCCUUUUAGGAUACCGGAUAUUCAAGUUUAUGCUUUUCUUAGCUGGUUUCCUAACAGGAUUUUUCUUCACCUAUAUGUUAUGCUCUGGAUAUCUCACGGAACAUCUAUCUGGGAAAUCUCUGGAGCACAAAGAUCAGGUAUGGUAUUCCUUCAGUUAAAACUCUAGUAGCAAUGAUUCUUUAAGAGUAAUUAUUACUAUUGUCUAUAAAUUCAGUCUUGCUAGAGGCAGCUUGAAUUUGGUCAGCUUCACUAGUAGGAGAAGAGCUGAAGGGGAACAGCAACCCCUCCCAUCAGAACUUUGGGGUUUUUUACUACUUGUUUGAGACCAAUUUCUCCCAGCAACAGGAUAACAUUUUACCCCUCAACUUGAAGUAAUUUUUAGUUACUCACCUUAAAAUAUUUCUAAGCUCUAGUGUAACACAAAAACAUUCUGUAUUAACUGAACUAAAGUUUUAAGACCAUUCCAACAUAAAUUCCUUGAUCUACACUGGGCUUGUCUGAUGGUUGAAGGGUAAUGGUAUUUGAAUCAAAAGGGCUGGGUGUGAGGUGCAGCCAGGGUCACUGAAUUGUGUGCUAGGGCAAGACACUUUGCUCUGAGAAUGCAUCUCUUCAUCCAGGAGUAUGAAUGUUUGGUACGAGUGAACAAAGGUAAACUGAAAAAUUAUGGAGGUACCUUACAACUAGCACCCUACCCUGGGGAAGCAAUAAAUAUCCUAUUCCCUUCAUGUUGUGAAACUGGUAUGAGUUCUAGUAGUGUGAGCAAAUUUUCUUCUCCAGAGACUCCAUCUCUAUUAACCUUAAAAGAGAGAGGGCAGAGCAUAAUUAGGGUUAUUGAUUUGAAGUAAAGAAAAGACUAUUCUUUUCUGUUGAUGGUUUCAGAUAUUUCUUGGUGCUUCUGUUGGUGUUGGGAUCAUUGCAGGGCUAUUGACACUGUGUAUUUUUUAUUUGGGACUUUUUAUUCUUGGUAAGGCUCAGUUUAACUUUAACAUCAAUUUCUUAACAGGGAAGUGGAAAAUGAGCCAUUAAAAAGUGAUUAUUAUAAUCUACUUUGUUAUGUCCUUCCACUCCUAGCAUGCUUAGAAGGAAAUAUUAACUUGAUAUAUUUUUUAAUGGGGGAUUUUCACUUGAUGAUGGCCAUUUUAUGGCUAAUUUGAAUUUGGCUAUGCUCAUGAGGGUGUAAAGGCUUGGUUCAAACAAACCCUUUAAAAACUGAAUUCAUUUAUUCGUUUCUCAGCAAAACUUCAAAUGAACAAACUUUUAUCACAAAGAUGUCAACCAAUGAAAUGUGCACAGGUUCAUUACUACUCACAAUAAAGUGGCAGAUCCAGACCUUGAGUUAUAUACACAGUAUGGGGUCCCUUUCAAAAAUAAAUCAGCCAAGAAAGAUUCUCAGUGAAAAGGUUUUAGGUCUAAAUUUAGGGGAGGACCCUCUCCUAGAUUGCCACUUUAUUGUAAUGCAAUGCAUUUUGCUCAGUUGCAUGCGACACUUUACUACCCUAUCAUAUUGUCAUGUUUCAAAUGUAACAGUUUUUUUUACAUUUUUAUAUUUCCUUUGUUGUAUUUGACUUUUAUUGUUAACACUUUCUCUCUACUUGAUUGUAUUAGGUGCAACCAUGGGAUGGUUUGUGGGCAUGGUUUGUCUGCCACUUCUCUAUAAACAUUCAGAAUACCUGUCUGAACACACCUGGCUGCCUUACAUUGUUCUUUGUGCUUUUGCCAUUGUGGGAGGAGUCCUUAUUCUCUGCAUACAGAGGGUAUACAAAAGUUGCAUUGAUUAAUUUUUUCUUUUGGUGUACGAGCACUACCCUGUAUACAAAGCUAACAACAGACAGCAAAUAGAAUUGGGGAAAAAGAUGGAGUAGUCCAUGGCCAUGACUAUGCAUGGUUAUUAAAUCAUUUCAAAUUUGCUAUGUCAUCAACAUGACCUGACAGGGCUGUGUCCCUAUGGAAAUGCUCACAUUAAUGCUCAAUUAUUGGCUUGUUAGUUUAGUGUGGAAGGCCACUGUGACUGUAGCAACACCACACCUUCUUAGAAAAGCCUUUCGUCUCAGCUUUAUGUACACAUACUGUUACUAAAAAACUAGUUUGGAGACUCCAUUUUUGAAUAUUGAAUUACAAGCAUGGUAUGAAGAAGUAUCCUUUUGAAAGUUAAAAAAAAAAACCCUCUUUGUUGAACCUUCAGAGCUACAUCAAUUGGGUGCUGUGAAAGCUGACCUCUUCAGUUUGUGUAUGUGUUCUCUUGUUUAAGGUGGUAAUUGUAAUAGCCUCCGCAUUCCUGGGAGCUUUUGGUUGUAUUAAUGGCCUUGACUACUUUGUGGAGAACAGCAGAUCACUCUACUACUCAGUCAACAUUCUGCAUGGUGAGUGGACUGUUCAAAACUUGUCAGUGAAUCAUUUCCAAAUAAAUGUUAGGCAAUUGGGAGCAAUUGCUCACUAGAGAGAGGCCUAGAACAGUCAUGCAUCUACAGAAUAAUUCAAUUUAGGGCAAUAAUGCAUAACUUUAAAGAUGCAACUGACUUUGGGAAAUGAUCAUUAACCAUAGAAGGUCUUGAUUAACAAAUUCUCCUUGUCAGCCUCCUAUGAAAUGUAUAGAGAGCAGUAUGGAGAAUAUACAUCCAGAUGUGAGAGUGUAAAAAUUUAAUGUUAUUCUUCUGGUUUUGCAGUAUAUUUGAGAAUGACUUGCUUGGUUCAGGAGUACCCUCUUGGUGUGCCUCCCCGCAAACAGUUUCUUUUGAGAUCAGAGGACAAUAUUGUCGUCUGGUGUGGAUGAUGCCUCAUGGGGUUAAUUUGAUAAUUCUCUUUGAAUUUGUAGGCCACUUUGACAAGUCAGAUUUGCCCACUUGUUGGUACACAUGGCUGAUUUUGUGUCUUAUCCCAGUCAUGUUCAUUGGUGGAUUGGCUGUGCAGCUUGGCAUUACUGGAAAAGGCAGAGAUCAUAGAGAAGGUACCUAACAUAAGGGUAGACAGUCAGUCAGUCAGACACAGACAGACAGGCAGAUAAAUUGCAGACAAACAGACAUGCAGAAAACAUAGUAGAAAAAUCCUUGAUGGCCGAUUUCCAAUUAGUUAAGUAAGAAAGCACUGGUAACAGGUACAUGUCUUUGAAUAAAGGGGGUAAGUUUAUCAAAGAAACUGUGAAGAUACAGGAAUAAACAGACAGAUAGAGGAUCAGAAUAUCGCAUGAAUAUGUAGAUGAAUGAUGAGGAAGUCUGAAAUUGCCAAAUAAUGAUAGAAGACAAUCAAUUUUAUAAGACAAACAAGCCACAGAUGGAUAGACUGAAAGAAAGUCUUGGAAGGCAAUAAGACAGUUCAUCCCUCUUUUUCUAACAGCUUAUGGAAGACGAUCACGUGUGCACCCUUAUGGCACUCCCAUGACAAAUCAUGCUGACCAGGUAAAUAUGUAUCAUGAUUCAUAAUUGAAACAUAAGCAAAAUGAUUGUGUUGAAUAUCCUGCCUUGAUAAAUAGUUGGAAUUUUUUGAUUAAUAUCUGACUUGAAAGAAUACAUUUUCAAAGGGGUCUCAAUCAUACCCAAUACCUUUGUGCAGUUUUUUUUUAUUAUACCUGGUCAUACAUGGCAUAUAUUUUUUUUGUGUGUAAAACGUCUAAUAUGCUAAUUGGAAUUAGUAAGUUGAUCUUGCACGAAACAAAUUUGUAGAAUUUUACCAGUUUUGCUUCUGAUUCAUAUCAAUGAUGUAUGUUUUGGAAAACAGGACCAGCUGCACUUCUUCUUUGUUGGUUUUAUCUAGACUCGUACUCAGUGAAAUAGCUACUUUCAAUUGGUAACACAACAUGCUCUUAACUAGAUGCCCCUGACAUUAAAUUUUAAUUUGGCAUUAUUGUUGAGAUGCUCUUCAGUUAAUUUUAAUCACUAGUGCAGGUCAACUCCCAUACAUACCCUGUUUUUACACCUUGUUUAGGUUUAGGUGUCUAAAUUUUUGUGUAUGAAUAUAUUACACUGGCAAUUCCUCUGAAGAUACUCCCUGUUACACAGUCAUAGUCACAAGUAAUCAUUAACUAAGGAAUUUGACUUUUAACUCUUUCAUUUUCAGGAGUGACGAAAGGAAUUUCUUCUUUCAAUUUGAAUGUAUUUCAAUGUCAACAAAUUCCAAUUUCAAUUCAAAUCAAUUCAACACCAAUUUCUCAACAGUUAAAUAAAUAGAAAUGUAUAGAAAAUUGUGAAGAGAAUUGACAUUUAGAUAUUGCAAGUGAGUGGGUUGAGAACAAGGUAAGAUCUUUUAGCAGAUAUCUUUUUGGUAUCAUUAGUUUAAACUAAUUUUGAUUUUGUCUUUCCUAGCAACCUAUCAUAGAUGAUGUUGACUAGAAGUCUUAUUCAGGAGGAACUCACCCAUUCAGAAUGAGUGUUGUAGUAUCACUGAAUGAUAUUUUUAAUGCAUUUGUUAACUUUGAGAGAAAAUUUUAUGUUUAUAACUUAGUACACACUUUUUUUGCAUUCAAAAAUAGUUCUGUGAACAGUUCUACUUAAGGUUUUUAGUCUGAGAACAUACUUAGAUUUUUUAUCUGUCAGGUCGAUGCAUAAGGUAUAUGGAAAAAGGGUACAAGAAACUGAAAAAAGAGAGUGAUCAUGAAAACUGUCUGAUAGUAAUCUGGAAGGAGAUUAAUGGAGCUGUUUCUUCUUUUUUUUUUUUUUGAGUUUCAUUGAUAUUUGUACAUGUUACAGUUUAAAAAAAAUGCUCACUUUUUU